AUGUGAAAGUAUGUCCAUGCAAACAUCAAUUUGAAUGGAAGUAAAGUUUAGAGAUUCACUACAGAAAGAAAGCUACAAAUUAAGUUGUUUUCGCUCUUUUUAUAUAAAUUAUAUCACUCCUUUUUCUUCCUGUCAACACAAAUUACCAUUUCUCACUUCUGGCUUGAAGUCAUAAAUCCUCUAUUCUCAAUGCAAGCAACAUGAUUAACACAAAGAAGAUUAUCAGAAAGGCAAGAAAGUGGCAGAAGAAGGCUAACAUUGGGAGGAAAAUAAUUACUGCAUCAAGGCUCGGUAACACAAUGGCUAUUAAGAAACCAUCAGGGGUUGAUAAAGGCCAUUUUGUUAUCAACACAACAAAUAAGAGGCAUUUUGUGAUUCCCCUGGAGUAUCUCAGCGACAGCAUCUUCCUCCAACUCUUGAAGAUGUCUGAAGAGGAGUUUGGUCUGUCAAGUGAUGGACCUAUAUUGUUGCCAUGUGAUUCAAUGCUCAUGAACCAUGUAGUCUUGCUUAUCCAACGAGGUUUAGCCAAGGAUUUAGAGAAAGCUAUGCUCAAUUCCCUUAAUACCUAUCGCUGUUCAUCAUGUAGUACUACUUUUUUCCAUGAAGGACAUGCAGAUCAACAGUCACUUGUUUGUGGAUUCUGA